AUGAGCUUGGUUUUCGCCAUUAAUGGGCAAAGGUUUGAGCUUGACCUUUCCUCCGUCGACCCAUCAACAACCUUGUUGGAGUUCCUCCGUUAUCAGACGUCUUUCAAGAGCGUUAAGCUCAGCUGCGGCGAAGGAGGAUGUGGUGCUUGUGUUGUUCUUCUCUCCAAGUACGAUCCUGUUGUACAAAAUGUGGAAGAUUUCACAGUCAGCUCUUGCCUCACCCUCCUCUGCAGCGUUAACCACUGCAGCAUCACCACAUCAGAGGGACUUGGGAACAGCAGAGACGGUUUCCACUCCAUUCACAACCGAUUCUCCGGCUUCCAUGCCUCUCAAUGCGGUUUCUGCACUCCCGGAAUGUCUGUUUCUCUCUUCUCUGCUCUCUUAGACGCUGACAAGUCUAAAUCUUCCCAGUUUACGGCUCUUGAGGCAGAGAAGGCUGUCUCGGGGAACCUAUGCAGGUGUACUGGAUACCGUCCCAUUGUUGAUGCUUGCAAGAGCUUUGCUUCGGAUGUGGACAUUGAGGAUCUUGGAUUCAACUCUUUUUGUAAGAAAGGGGCUUCUUCUUGUAUGACUUUACCUCGGUUUGAUAGUGAGAAGCGUAUCUGCACAUUUCCAGAGUUUCUCAAGGAUGAGAUUAAGUCUGCGGAUUCAGGAAUGUACCGAUGGUGCAGCCCGGCAAGUGUUGAGGAACUUCAAAGCUUAUUGGAGGCUUGCAAGGCUAAUACUCAUGGAGUCUCUAUGAAACUGGUUGCUGGUAAUACAGGUACAGGAUACUACAAGGAUGAAAGAGAGCUUAAUUACGACAAAUACAUAGAUCUAACUCGAAUCCCCGAGCUUCAAGAGAUAAGAGAAACCCAAAAUGGGGUUGAGAUAGGAGCUGCGGUAACAAUAUCUAAAGUUAUUACCGCUUUAAAAGAGAUUCGGGUCUCGCCGAAAGUUGAGAAGAUGCUUGAGAAACUUGCUACUCAUAUGGAAAAGAUUGCUGCGAGAUUCAUCAGGAACUUUGGUAGCAUUGGGGGGAACCUUGUAAUGGCUCAGAGGAGACAGUUUCCUUCUGACAUGGCCACAAUACUUCUUGCAGCUGGUGCAAUUGUUAACAUAAUGAGCUCGCCAAGAGGACUCGAAAAGCUAGCACUGGAAGAGUUCCUUCAGCGCUCUCCUCUUGAGGCUCAUGAUCUGGUUUUGAGUAUCGAAAUUCCAUUUCCGCAUUAUCAAUCACUGCUUUUCGAAACCUUUCGAGCAGCACCGCGUCCACAGGGAAGCGCUCUGGCUUACCUGAAUGCUGCUUUCUUGGCUGAAGUGAAGGAGACAAUGGUAAUUAACUGUAGAUUGGCUUUCGGGGCUUACGGGACCAAACACGCCAUUAUGUGUAAGGAAGUUGAAGAGUUUCUGGCUGGGAAAGUAAUCACUGAAAAUGUUCUCUAUGAAGCUAUUACCUUACUUGGCAAUAUCGUGGUGCCUCAAGACGGUACAAGCAAUCCCUCUUACAGGAAAAGCUUGGCGCCGGGAUUCCUUUUCAAGUUUUUCCACACCUUAACUCUUAAAGAACAACCUUCAAAUGGUUACCACUUGGAUCCGUCAAAACCGCUGCCAAUGGUGUCUUCUUCACAACAUGUUCCGGUAAAUAAUGAAUAUUAUCCGGUUGGCGAUCCUGUUACCAAAUCUGGAGCUUCCCUUCAGGCUUCUGGUGAGGCUGUUUAUGUUGAUGACAUUCCAUCUCCCAAAAACUGCCUCUAUGGAGCAUUCAUCUAUAGCACAAAACCAUCCGCACGGAUAAAAAGUAUUCAUUUCAAGGAAAGCGCAGUACCUGAUGGAGCUCUUGCAAUCAUUUCUUGCAAAGAUGUUCCUACAGGUGGACAGAACGUGGGUACGAAGACUGGAUUUGGCUCCGAGCCAUUGUUCGCAGAGGAGUUUACCGUUAAUGUAGGCGAAUGCAUCGCUCUCGUGGUUGCAGAUACACAGAGACACACCGACAGUGCAGCUAAUCUUGCAGUAGUUGAAUACGAAACAGAGGAUUUGGAACCACCGAUAUUAUCUAUGGAAGAUGCGGUCAACAAAGCUAGCCUGUUCGACAUUUUCCCUUUCUUAUACCCACAACAAGUUGGCGACACAUCAAAAGGAAUGGCCGAAGCUGAUCAUAGAAUUCUCAGCUCGGAAAUUAGACUCGGGUCGCAAUACUUCUUCUACAUGGAGACGCAAACAGCUCUUGCAGUGCCUGAUGAAGACAACUCCAUUGUAGUUUAUUGUUCAAGUCAGACCCCUCAGUACGUACACUCCACGGUUGCUGCUUGCCUCGGCAUCCCUGAAAACAACGUCCGUGUCAUAACCAGACGUGUUGGUGGAGGCUUUGGAGGGAAAGCUAUCAAGGCAAUGCCUGUUGCGACAGCGUGCGCUGUUGCUGCUAAUAAACUGCAGCGUCCUGUGAGAAUCUAUGUAAACCGCAAGACCGAUAUGAUAAUGACUGGUGGGCGGCAUCCCAUGAAAAUAACUUACAGCGUCGGAUUCACAUCCACAGGGAAGAUUACAGCUCUGGAGCUAGAAAUACUAAUUGAUGUAGAGGCAACUCUUGGUCUAAGUAUGGUGAUUCCAUCAAAUAUCAUAGGGGCGCUAAAGAAAUACAAUUGGGGCGCCUUAUCUUUUGAUAUUAAACUUUGUAAAACAAAUCUUCUAAGCAGAGCAAUCAUGAGGGCCCCCGGGGAUGUGCAGGGUACGUACAUCGCUGAAGCCAUUAUCGAAAAUGUAGCCUCUAGUCUCUCCUUGGAGGUUGAUACCAUAAGAAAGAUUAAUCUCCAUACAUACGAGAGCUUAGCUCUGUUCUACAAGGAUGGUGCUGGCGAACCACAUGAGUAUACUUUGUCUUCGAUGUGGGACAAGAUAGGCGUAUCUUCCAACUUUGAAGAGCGGGUUUCGACUGUCAGAGAGUUCAACAAGUCUAACAUAUGGAAAAAACGAGGUAUAUCUCGAGUACCCAUCACUUAUCAGGUUUCCAUGUUUGCAACGCCAGGGAGAGUAAGUGUUUUGGGAGAUGGUACGAUCGUUGUUGAGGUUGGUGGAAUCGAGCUAGGACAAGGGCUAUGGACAAAGGUGAAGCAAAUGACCGGUUAUGCUCUUGGUUUGCUGCAAUGCGAUGGAACGGAAGAGCUCUUGGACAAGAUACGAGUUGUACAAUCAGAUACAUUGAGCAUGGUCCAAGGAAACUUUACAGGAGGUAGCACAACAUCCGAGGGAAGCUGUGCAGCUGUUCGUCUCUGCUGUGAAACCUUGGUCGAAAGAUUGAAACCUUUAGUGGAGAGAUCGGGUGGUCCCAUCAGCUGGAAUAAGUUGAUUUCUCAGGCCUAUGCUCAAUCUGUGAACUUAUCAGCUAGUGAUUUGUAUACUCCAGCAGACACUCCAACACGGUACCUGAACUAUGGUGUUGCAGUCGAAGUAGACCUUGUGACGGGACAAACCACGGUUCUACAGACAGAUAUCUUGUAUGACUGUGGAAAAAGCCUCAAUCCGGCUGUUGAUUUAGGACAGAUUGAAGGAGCUUUUGUGCAAGGACUUGGGUUUUUCAUGCUUGAAGAGUACAUAACAGAUCCGGAAGGACUCGUUGUGACAGACAGCACAUGGACAUACAAAAUCCCGACCGUUGACACCAUUCCUAGACAGUUCAACGUCGAGAUACUAAACAGUGGAUGCCAUGAAAAACGCGUACUCUCUUCUAAAGCUUCAGGAGAGCCUCCGUUGCUACUGGCAGCUUCGGUGCACUGCGCCACAAGAGAGGCUGUGAAAGAAGCGCGGAAACAGCUACGGACUUGGAAAGGGGAGGAGGAGGGUUCGGGUUCAACGUUUCAGUUGCCGGUUCCAGCUACUAUGCCCGUUGUGAAGGAGCUAUGUGGCCUAGAUGUCGUUGAAAGUUAUUUGGAGUGGAAAUUACGUGCUAACUCAAGAUUAUGA